AUGAAGAAGAAGAAACCCAAAAAAUCCUCACCCUCGAAGACGUCUCCGAAGACUUCUCCGGCGAAAUCGUCUUUCCCACCAACCAAGGUUCCUGAGAAAGUUCCCAUCUUUGUGGUCGACAAUGAAGUUUCCGAUGCCCAAUUUGACUCCACAGUCGAGGCGGUUGCUCAACUCCCAGUUAGCCACCCAGAUCCGACCUCUCAGUCCGAAGUCUCUCCGUCAGCAAAGAGUGUGAUCGCCGUGCAGUCAGCGGAUCCUUCUUCAGCUCUAGACGAAGAACUCACCAACAACCGUCCUGAGUCGAGCUCUAAGGGUCUUCCCCCGAGCUGCUCUGCAACACUUCCAGAAGCUUCAAAACCCUCCAAGGGUCUAGAUCUGUCUGGAGCAACAACAAAUGUAGCUAUUGCUGAUGCCAAUGUAAUUCAUGUGAGCUCGCAACAAGCUAAUGAAAAGGACCUUCCCUCAGCCAGAGAACACGGGGAGAUUUUCACAGGAGGCCAAACAUCGCAAGAUAUAGGUUCUGCUCCACCUAAAGAUACCUGGUGUGAUCUUGCUAAAGGAGUGAAGCGCCUCUCAAAAAAGGGAGAAGCUUUCACUCUUCCUUCAGGGGAAGCUUGUAUCAAGAUCCCAAAUUCGGUUAUUGAGAAGAACAGGAAAUCAUGGGAACCCUUUGUGCUUGGUCAGUUCUACUCCGAUCCGCCUUCUCAAGGUACUCUUCACAACAUUGUAAAUGGAAUCUGGAGCAAGCAAUAUCGUGACAUUGCGGUCUCAAAAAUGGAAGGCUUCGCUUUUCUAUUCCGGAUUCCAAACGCAGCGACCCGAGCCAGGGUGAUUAAACAGAAACUAUGGCAGAUCGAAGGACAAACCAUGUUUGUAGACAAAUGGGAACCUGGUGUUGUGCCUACCAAGCCCGAGCUCACUUCAGCCCCCAUCUGGCUGGAACUAAGAAAGGUCCCUCUUCAGUUCUUUAAUGAGGAUGGCCUGGAGCGCAUUGCAGGACUGGUGGGACAUCCCAAGUUUCUGCAUCCCACGACAGCGAACAAAACAAACUUAGAGGUCGCCAAGGUGUUUACUAUCAUCGAUCCUAGGAAGCCCGUCCCCAAGGCAGUCAACGUUCAGUUCGACUCGGGAGAAAUCUGUAGAGUGCUUGUCUCCAGUCCUUGGAUGCCACCGGUAUGCGACAUAUGUAAAGAAAUAGGGCACGCAGCGAGACGCUGUCCGAGGGCUCCAACGGCUUGUACAUUAUGCGGCUCGACAGAUCAUGACAACCACGAGAGACAGGAGUCUAAAGGAAAGAAAACAAGGAGAGGGAGGUCUAAAGACAAGCUGAACUGGGUCCUGGUAAAUCCACCAAAUGAUGCACAUGUUCCUUCGAAGGAACAUCCUGCUGAGCAGUCUUCACCGGUGGUUCCUCCUCAGCCCAAUCAAACUGUGACGCCUAUGCUGGAGUUUCCUCAUCAAACCAAGCUGGGCACUGGAAAGGACAUACCUGAUUCCUCGGAUGUUGAGUCCUCUGAUUCGGAGUUGGAAGAGGGUGAAUUCAGCAGAUUCGAGCCUGAUUUCGAGAUGAUCACUGUUGAGAUUACUUGGCCCUCCUCUCAAUCCAAUUUAAUUAUCUCUGUCAUUUAUGCUUCUAAUGAUAUUGAUGAGAGAACUAAUCUUUGGGCAGAAAUCUCUUCUUUAGCUUCUUCGCAGGCCCUGGACUCUAAACCUUGGAUGAUCCUGGGCGACUUUAACCAAAUUAGAGAACCUGCGGAGCACUCAAAACCUCAGUCCCUGAAUCUGGAUAAGAAAAUGAGGGACUUCAAUCAGUGUCUGCUAAAUGCUAAUGUCGAAGACCUUAACUUCAGAGGCACUUCAUUCACAUGGUGGAACAAACAAAAGAAUUCACCUAUUGCCAAAAAUCUGGACAGAUGCCUUGUGAAUGACGACUGGUACUUCAACUUUCCCUCUUCAGUUGCUUUCUUCGGUAGCCCGGAGUUCUCUGAUCAUGCAACCGCGGGGUUUAGGGAUUUGGUCUGCGUCAACUGGUUCUCAUUCAACAUCACCGGCUCUGCAAUGUAUAGAGUCUCUAAGAAGCUUAAACUACUUAAGAAAUGCAUCAAAGACUUCAGUCGACUUAACUACUCUGGUAUUGAGAGGAAAACGGCAGAAGCUCAUGAAAAGCUUAUCCAGGCGCAAGCAGUCAUGUUAUCUUCUCCCUUAACGAUGAAUGCUUCUGCUGAACUUCAGGCUUUAAAGGAAUGGGAGGAUCUAUACGCGGCGACCAGACAAGCCAUAAAUCAUAUCCACUUUCUGAAUUCAGAUGUAGGGGAGCGUAUUGAGUCUCAAGAGGGUAUUCAGCAGCUGUGCGUUGAUUACUUCUUGAAGCUUUUGGGAAGUGAAAGCUCUCAACCUAUGUUUAUUCAAAGUGAUCUUGAUCUCCUAUUUAAUUUCAGAUGUUCUGAGGAGCAGAUCGCGGGGUUUGAAAAAAAGUUCACUAAUGAGGACAUAAAAGAGGCCUUCUUCUCACUACCCAGAAACAAAACCGGUGGGCCUGACGGUUACUCUGCAGAAUUCUUCAUAGAUACGUGGGAGAUAAUUGGUCCGGAGGUGACUGAAGCAAUUCUAGAAUUCUUCAACUCUGGCUGCCUUCUCAAGCAGUGGAACUCAGCGUCUCUUGCCCUUAUCCCUAAGAUCCCCAAUGCGUCCCAUCCCUCAGAAUUCAGACCCAUCUCGUGCUUAAAUACGGUCUACAAAGUAAUCUCGAAGCUGCUCGCCUCACGACUCAAAGAGAUACUCCCCCUGAUGAUUUCCAAGUCACAAUCAGCUUUCCUCCCAGGGAGACUCUUGGCUGAGAAUGUACUGCUUGCCACUGAUCUAGUUAAUGGAUACAAUACUCAAAACAUUUCACCUCGUGGCAUGUUAAAAGUUGACCUAAGGAAAGCUUUCGAUUGUCUGAGAUGGGAUUUUAUUCUUGCAUCUCUGCGUGCUCUGGCCAUCCCUGAAAGCUACAUCAGAUUAAUUUCGGAAUGCCUCUCCACUGCAUCUUUCUCCAUCUCCAUAAACGGUGCUCUAGGUGGGUUCUUUAACAGCACGAAAGGAAUAAGGCAGGGAGAUCCUAUGUCCCCAUAUCUCUUCGUUCUUCUCGCUGCUAGAUUUGACACUGGAAAUAUUGGAUACCAUCCGCGAACAGAGAAUGUGAAGAUAUCUCACCUAAUGUUUGCUGAUGAUGUUAUGAUCUUCUUUGACGGCAACAACAACAGUCUGCAUGGUAUAGCUGAAUGCUUGGACGACUUUGCUUCAUGGUCGGCUUGUCCAUGA